CCGGUUAAUGGACAGCGAGGUUUUGUAUGUACUACGGUUUGUCCACGUGUAUGAAAUGAAAAUAGUGUGCUCUAGUUUUCUCUUGCUUGAUGAAAGAACUGGUUGUAUGAAAGAUCGUCCUUUUGAAAGAAAUACUGAUUUGAAAUCAUAUUUUUAAUAUUCUUGACAAAUUUGGAGUUUAAAUACAUUUGUCUUUAUCGUGUAUCUUGAUUGGAGAUGUAAACAAAAAAGGCGUUGACUUCUUUUGUAUAAACAGUGCUUUGAUAAGUCGUAAUACUUCGGGAAAUACUCGUUGCUUAUAAAAAAUAAAAAUUAAAGAUUUUUUCAUUCAUUAUCUAAUGUAAAAAGGUUAAACAGAUUCAUAUUAAUAUAUUGAUUUCAAGAAAAAAAUUUUUUAAAGAAUUUUAAUAUGGAUUUUAAAUUAAUAAAACACUAAUUUUUACAUUUGGUCUUACUGAUUGUAAAAAACAUCAUGGAAGAUAUUAAGGUAGAACAACCUCCAUGCAAGAGAAAAAAAGUUGAAAAUGGUGCUACAAAUGUGUAAACUGUGUGAGCCUGAUUCUAAUAAACAAGAGCACCUAAAAACUUUCAGAAACAAAUACCUAAAUUGUCAAUGGAUCUAGGAAUAUGCAUAAUGAACUUCUUAUGAACCAUUAUUGCCAACAUACAAAGGAGCUGGCUUUAUUCCAGUCUAACUUUGUUGUGGAUUUACUGAAAGAAAAUUAUGGUAGCAUUAAAUAUGAUAUAAUUACUAUGACUACAACCGGAGAUAAAAUACUGGAUGUAGCUUUAUCAAAAAUUGGAGAGAAAAGUUUGUUCACAAAGGAAUUAGAAGUUGCAUUAGAAAAACUGGAAGUGGAUAUAAUUGUUCAUUCUUUAAAAGAUCUUCCAACAAGUUUGCCUCCUGGAAUGGUUAUUGGUGCUAUAUGCAAGAGAGAGAACCCUUUUGAUGUUGCUGUUUUCCCACCUGACAGUAACUGCAAAGAUCUAAAAUCACUUCCACCAGGAAGUCAUUUCAGUGUUAUAGGAACUAGCUCAUUAAGAAGAGUGGCUCAGUUAAGGAAGAUGUACCCAAACUUAGCAUUUCAGUCAGUUAGAGGAAACCUGAAUACCAGGUUACGAAAACUUGAUGAAGAUAAAACUUUUUCAGCUUUAAUUCUAGCUGCCGCAGGUCUCAUUAGGUUAGAUUUGGCUAAUCGUAUUGAUCAGACUUUCACUCCUGAGGAAUGCAUGCAUGCAGUUGGGCAAGGAGCUCUAGCAAUUGAAUGUAGGGAAGACGAUUUGGAAACAAUACAGUUAAUUUCCAAAAUAUCGGAUAAAGAUACAACAUUAUGUUGCAUUGCUGAGAGAUCUUUCAUGAAAACAUUAGAAGGUGGCUGUAGUGUUCCAGUUGCAGUGUAUUCAAAAAUUGAAGGGAAGAAGUUGACUUUACAAGGAGGCGUGUUUAGCCUCGAUGGUUGUAAAAGUAUAAUAGAAAAAAUAUCCACUGAGAUUGAACAUGCAGAUAAAUGUGUUCCAAAACAGCAUUAUGCUGGGGUUAUUGCUCCUCGUCUACCCCAAUAUUGCCUAUGUAAUGCAGAACAUUUAGGUAUGGAACUUGCUGAGCUGUUAUUAUCAAAAGGAGCUGCGGAUAUUUUAAAAGAAGCUAGAGCAAAAAAUGACAGUUCUUAAUAUUGCCAGCAUUUAAAAAUGUACUUAUGUUGAGAAUUGUAAAUUGUUUUAUUUAUUGUUAGAUUUAUUUUUAUAUAUGUAUGUUUUAAAUAAAUUUUAUGAUCUCAAA